CCUCUGAUCACAGCAGAGUGCGACUAAUUAGAGACGGGGACUGUUUCUGAGCAGCACGAACACCGUGUUAGGAUGGAGACAUCGUCCUCAAACGCACCGCAUGCCUUGGAAAUAAAGCUUUCCCUUUAAAAAAAACAAAAAAAACAAGAUUACGCACACGAGUCUCCCACAUGCCCAUAAAAAACGCAGCGUUUAUCAUUUGCCUGGACUCUGUUUCCCCCUCCGGAGCGCUGUGUGGUUCAUUCCAGCGUCUCUGUAUCCUCAGUGCGAGGUGUGUUUCUGCUGCCAGCCACACUGAGCUCAAUCACCGCGCUGACAGAGCUGCAAACAAGUGAGAUUUCCGAGGCGAGGUUAAGACCGAGCAGAGAUCUACUGGUUCAGGAUCCGCUUUAGGCUUAACUGUUAAUGGGAAUGUAUCAGCUGUCUGCAGAAACUGAGUGUGAAUCCUCUUGGCCCUUUGCUGCAGGGCCGUGAGCAGCAACCAUGACGUACCCAAACGCCAGCUCACUGACAGCCAACUUCAGUGGUGCGUCGGAGGACCAUGACUCCGGGGGGAACAUCUACCGGCCCUUCUCUGUUUUCAGCGUGCUCACUCUCACGUUGCUGGCAAUGCUGGUGGUGGCCACGUUUGUGUGGAACCUGCUGGUGCUGGUGACCAUCCUCCGGGUGAGGACGUUCCACCGGGUGCCCCACAACCUGGUGGCUUCCAUGGCCAUCUCAGACGUGAUGGUGGCCGCUCUGGUGAUGCCGCUCAGCCUGGUGCACGAGCUGAACAACAGGCUGUGGAAGCUGGGCCGAGUGCUGUGCCAGGUGUGGAUCUCCUUCGACGUGCUCUGCUGCACGGCCAGCAUCUGGAACGUGACGGCCAUCGCUCUGGACCGCUAUUGGUCCAUCACCAGGCACCUGGAGUACACACUCAAGACGCGCAAAAAGAUCUCCAACGUGAUGAUCGCUCUCACGUGGCUGCUGUCCUCCAUCAUCUCCUUGUCGCCGCUCUUCGGCUGGGGGGAGACGUACUCAGAGGGGAUGAAGUGCCAGGUGAGCCAGGAGCUGUCCUACACCAUCUUCUCCACCUUUGGCGCCUUUUACCUCCCGCUUUGCGUCGUCCUCUUUGUUUAUUGGAAGAUCUACAAGGCGGCCAAGUUUCGGAUUGGCUCCCGCAAGACGAACACAAUCACACCCAUGGCUGAGGUGAAGGAGGAGACGCAGCAGCCCCAGAUGGUGUUUACCGUGCGACACGCCACCGUGACCUUCCAGACGGACGGGGACACGUGGCGCGAGCAGAAGGAGAAGAAGGCGGCGCUCAUGGUGGGCAUUCUGAUCGGCGUCUUUGUACUUUGCUGGAUCCCCUUCUUCAUCACCGAGCUCAUCGUCCCGCUGUGCUCCUGCGACAUCCCGCCCAUCUGGAAGAGCAUCUUCCUGUGGCUGGGCUACUCCAACUCCUUCUUUAACCCACUCAUAUACACCGCCUUUAAUAAGAACUACAACAACGCCCUGAGGAACCUCUUCUCCAGGCAGCGCUGAGCUACUCCACAUCCUCGGCGGUCACAAUACACCAGCAUGCACUCCACAGUGUUACUCCUGCAGGCAGAAAUCGGACUAAUCUGAGUCCAUCACUCCAUCAUCCUCCAGGGGGAUGAUAACCAGAAGCUGUUAAAUGUUGUGUUUUGUUUGUUGAAGAAGUGACCUCACAGCUGGACUGAGAUGGAUGUCUGAGCUACUGUAUCCAUAAAACAGGACAAUAAAUUGGCGGAUACAGUGCAGUCGUCAUGUUGGUUUUCCUCUCUGUAAUUUCAGGCGUAUUAAGGGGAAAAGGCGUGUUAACUCCCUCAUAAACACUUUCAUUAUCGUUGUGUGCGAAGAAUCAAAGUGGCGCUGAAAGAAAUUUUCAAGGAAAAUCUGUCAGAGCUGAACAAAAUGAACCUCAUAAAUAAUAGAAGCCAACUGUGGAAUCUGUGCCAAAAAAGAGACAUCAAAACGCUCAUCGUACAUAAUGUUUCAAGCAAAAAAAAAAAGGAAAAAUUGAUCUGAUUAUAGAAAAGUUGGAUUGUAGGAACCGAAAGCCCUCCAGUAAAGUGAUAAAAUGUUCCAAGACCUCAACCUUAAAGCUAUUUGCUCACAAACUCCCUGGUAUCACAUGCAAUUUAUUCCAACAUGUUUCUAGAUGAAAGUGCAGGCUGUCCUCUGGUGCUGACUACACUAAUGCUGCUUGCACAUACAUCUACACACUCUCAUGCCUUUUGAGAGCAGGAAAAUAGCAGAACAAGUCAUUAUUUUCUUUGAAUCAUUGAGUAAAUGUUUUGUUGAGUUGCAAAUGAUCACAUCGCACUCACAGUUCCAGUGACUAUCAGAUACAGAAGAUGUGGUGUAAAACUAUUCAAAACAUUAGCACAACAACAGAUUCUGCAGCCUUAGAAGUCAGAGGGAAUUCAAUUGGGAAAUAAAAAAAACAUGAAAAAAGAUCAAGUCCUGAGAUGAUGCAUGUUUUAAAGUAUAAUUCGUGGCAUCAUACUGUAGUAGGGGGGUUAUAUGAACAAAGAAAAAAGAUCAUAUCAAUGAAUACAAAUAUUCAGAAUCAAAAAAAGUCAUUUCCAGUUGUGGAUCUUAUUUUGUAUGAGUCCCCUGUUUUCCUGCACAAAAUGCCACUUGCUACCUAAAGUGUUCGUCACUGUAGAUUCAGUGAGUGAACUUUAUUUUGUGUGUCUGUCAUGUACUGUAAUGUGAGGAAUCAAGCAUGAUAUUGAUUCCCUGCAAAUCGCUGUGCUACUUGUAAGUAUGCUCCAACUGGAGAGCAACGUCCAAAUUCCGUCUUCAUUAAAUGUUGUUUUUUGUCUUUUUUUUUUCCUGAUGGAAGACGAUACAGUAAAUUGUUCAAACUAUCUAAUGUUGCCGUCUUGUGAAAGCUGUGUAUCUCCUUAUUUGUUGAAUUCUUCAAAUAAACUCGACUGUUAAAUCAUC